AUGGCCAACUUUGUAUUCCCCGACUCGGAUCCAUUAUGCUACAGCGGUUUCUCCAAUCCAUCGAAGCAUGUUCUGCAACAAGGCGCCAGUGAAACGGUUCCUGAUGCCAACAGCUCCUCAUGGGCCGCAAGAAACCCCAACUGGCCGGUGCUCACACCUUGUGUGCCCCUCAAUGCUGCUCAGAAGGCACGUGCCAACGCACAAAGAGCAUCCCACAAGAUUUCGUUGCAACAACGCAAGGAGGCCGAAGACGGACUGCAUACUGCCAUCCAGCAACUGCUCUCAGAGCAUAAUGAGAAGAUUGACACCCUCGCACUUGAGCGCGGCGUCACUGCAGAUAAGGAAGUCAAUGCAGAUCAACCUGGCGGGGCAAAAUACUCACUUUAUGAGAUCCAGGACAUGAACAUGAGUGUUCGCACCACCAACUCAGCAGCAGUGCAUGAUGUCCAAUCAACUUUGGACAAUGUUUUUAAAAUAGCGACAUGGUUCGGGACGGACAACGUGAUGGACUUCUGGGAGGAUGUCUUGCAAACCGAGGCUGACGAAAUCAUGAGAAAACUAGAACAAUGGGCGUGUGUGUCAGGUCGAAGCAUCAAUGAACGUGAAACAGUGCAAAACAUGCAACAUAUUUGCACACGGCUCCUUAACUCAGGGCUAAGGACUCUAAUAAAGAGAUGCGACAUCCGCAUCAACUACACAAAUUUCAAUACUGCUAUCAAGGAGAAACUUGGGAUUGAUCUAAGGGGCUGGCCCGAGGAUGUCCUGUUCCAGUCUCCCACAAGCAUCAAUGAUCUCAACACCCUUCGGAAGCUGCGCGAUGUGCUGAGGGAGGGCUCCUGCCACUGGUUCCACAUGACUCCUCGACAGCGUGAUGAGUUUGUCAUAGGACUUGCUGCACGUCACAAGAGAGGAGAGGUCAUCGGCAAACCUCGCAAGAAGCGCUCUGAUGCAGGGGUAGCUCGCAAACAGAAGGGCAAGGAGAAUGGUCAUCCGACCAAGCGUGUACAAGCCUCCAGGACAUCUGCCCAGGCUCCGAAAAGCUCAGAGUUUGUUGAUACAUCUGAGGAGGAGGACACUAGCGAGGGAGAAGCUUAA